AUGGGCGAUCGCUCUGGAAUACCAUUUCGAGUCGUAGCCCUGUCAUUCUCGUCCCACGUUCCCAUCUAUCUGCUCGCCCUGGUCUCCUCGUGUCUACCUCUUUUCGAUGCGUCUCCCAAGAUAUUCCGUUUCUCCAAAUAUUCUCAACCCUUUCUUCGAUGGGAUGCGUUUCAUUUCGCCAGCAUUGCAGAAGACGGCUAUCUUUACGAAUAUCAAUGGGCAUUCUUUCCCGGUGUUCCCUUCGUAAUGCGAUACGGCGGGAAAGCUCUUCAGUUCAUUGUCGGUCGCUCUGAUUUGAUGCUAGGAGGUGCUUUGGUCGCGAUGGCUUGCGAUACCACACGGACAAUGUAUCAUCUGUCUUUGCACCAUCUUGGGUCCCCAAAGCUCGCUUAUUUGGCCACCCUCCUCUCAUUAUUGCCCAGUAGCCCUGCCGCGCUUCGCCUGGCCGUGUAUGCCGAACCAUUUUUUGCUUAUUUUGCCUAUAAAGGAAUGUGGGCUUGCGCGCGAUCGCAUUAUCUCACAGCUGCCUUGCACUUCGCUAUUGCGAGUACUUUCAGAUCGAACGGUGUAUUGCUCGGUGGAUUUAUACUAUGGGAUUUGGUUGUAAACCCCCUUCUUCGAACAGGAAAGGUACACCUCCGCAACAUCUUCUGGGCAAUUCCGCUUACAUCCUUGACCCUUGUGCCAUUCAUCUACCUCCAAUACUCUGGGUAUCUCUCAUUUUGUACUGGUUCAGAGGUCGAGUUGGCUGAAUGGUGUCAGAAUACCAUCCCACUCAUCUACUCGCACACUCAAUCGGAAUACUGGGACGUCGGUUUCUUUCGAUAUUGGACCGUCGCACAGAUACCCAAUUUUGUUAUUGCCGCUCCGCCUAUCAUUUCCAUCACGGCCUUCUCUGUCUGCGUUCUGAAGCAACAACUUGACAAGACUACUGUUUCGCCGUUUGCGCGCUGUUCUCUCAUCCCUCACGCAAUGCAUGCACUCAUAUUUUGCUCCACGCUCUUAUUUUCCGCACAUGUCCAGAUCGUGCUGAGACAGGCCUCCUCGAUGCCUUUGACAUAUUGGGCUGCUGCAUGGUUGGUGAUGGAAUAUCCACAAUUCGGAAGAUGGUGGGUAGGUUGGAGUGUGGUUUGGGGCGUGAUUUCGGUCAUUCUAUGGAGUGCUUUUCUUCCACCUGCAUAA